CAGGCUCAGGCACAGGCUCAGGCUCAGGCUCAGAACACACAGUCCAACUGAACCCGCCGUUUCUCCAGACUCCUCUACUCGCACUCCCGCUUGUCUACUCCCCAGACCACUCAUCAGUGCCACCCACAGCCCAGCACUUCGUUCGCGCGUCGCAUACCCUUCCCAGGCGCACUUUCCGAUUUCACUCGCUUCCUCCCACCACGCCAACCUUAAUCCAGCUCUUCGCGACCAGGUUUCCGCGACAUAGCAGGACAACAGCCUCCACUCCCCAUAAGCAGUAAGGCCGUCGGCAAACAACUCGAAAGAGUUAUUCUCGUCAUACCUCGAGCAAUCUAAUCCAUCAUGACCGACAUCACAGACCAACACGACCAAGGGUCGCCUUCGAAUCUCGAUGAACAUGCCGUCGGUAAUGGGAACUCAAUUGCAGGCGGAGAAUCCCGCGGUAUCAAGCGCCAGCGACCUGCCGCUGCAGAUGACGACGACGAUGAUGAUGACAAGCCGGGACGCGAGCGACGGAAGAUUGAGAUCAAGUUCAUCACCGACAAGUCGCGUAGGCACAUAACCUUCUCGAAGCGCAAAGCCGGAAUCAUGAAGAAGGUAGGUACCAAUAAACCCCCCAUUUCACGCGUCAGCGCAUGAGCACAUGGACAUUGCGACGAACGCCAUCUGCCAUUACCCAUCACCCAUCGUACUAAUUCGAAUCUGUCAGGCUUACGAAUUAUCCGUCCUUACCGGUACUCAAGUCCUUCUUCUAGUGGUUUCAGAGACCGGGUUAGUGUAUACAUUCACAACACCAAAGCUCCAGCCUUUGGUUACCAAAGCCGAGGGCAAGAAUUUAAUUCAAGUACGUACCGUUUGCGCCGCCAACCAUUGUUCGUCGACUAACCCUAUCAGGCUUGCUUAAACGCUCCCGAACCCGCAGGCAACGGGGAGAACGGCGUGGAUGACCAAAACACUGUCGAGUCGCCCGAAGAUACGACCCCGCAACAUAUUCCUAUGCAACAGCCUCGGGCUGGCAUUCCACAACAAAACACACAAAUGCACCCCAACUACUUGGCACAGUCUAUUCAAGAACAAAAUGCCAACGCAAUUGCAUAUCAGAACUAUGUCCAACAGCAGCAACGAAGUGGUUAUCCUAUGCCACCCAACUCCGGCAUGCCACAACAGCAUACACACCAAGCAUAAUUCAAUCAAAUCAGCGCAUCGGUGGUCCCAAUUUGCAAAAGAGGAUUGAGUCGGUCUCUGAACACUUAUACCCGACACAUAAUACAACGGUUGUUAUCGUUCGUGUCUUGCGGGUCUCGAUCCUCACGUUGACCUUUUUUAUUUUCUCAGAUACGGUGUUUAGGUGUCUUGUUACGAAUAUGGAGUUUCCUAUCUUUUCAUUUGGUCGCGUGAACAGACUUUGUUUUUGAUCUCUACUUGAAAAAAAUUCAGGAGAAAGCUACGGGGAGUGCAUAAUUCGGAAUAAUUCUCCAGAAAAGAUGUCAUCUCUUGAUGAACAUCAUGAAGCGAAAUACGAGUACGACGGGGGGGUAUCAGGGGAGGAUCUGGCGCGGUGGCUAAUUGCUUGCUUGCUUUUUUUUCUCCAGAAAUUUCAUCAUCUUGAGGGGUCAACAGCAUUGAAAAAUACCUUGCGGGAGGAUUACCAAUUUUCUCGUGUCUCUUUUUUUUAUGGUACCUUUUUUCCUUUCGGGGGGGUGUUUAGUGGUUGCUCAUUUUCAUGAUGAAUGGUGGUUGGGGGUUGGUGUGGCGGAUGUCACUGUUGUUCGUUUUUUCCCCUCCCUCUCUUCCUUCCCUCUCUCUUUUGAGGAGGGGGGAUACCUCUUGUACAGUAGCUCCUGGUGGCCAGAUAUGGUUUGGGGGGUUCAAACAAUUGCUCUCCCUGGUGGCAUUCACACACACAAAUGACAAAUUUUCUCCGAUUUA